UCUUCCUUGGGCAGCCUGUGUUUGUGCGCUGGGGCUUCGGACUGGAUUCGGCCGCAGCAUGAAACCCCCGGGGAUCUCGGCACUCGUCGCUGUCCUGCUGGUCGUCACUGGUGUUACCGGGCAGACUACCGGUGUACCGAGCGAGCUGUGCGGGCACACAUGGGAAGCGUUGGACGAUGAGAAAAAUGUGCACUACAAAAUAAAUCUCUGUGAAAGUUUACACUCAAGCGAUUGUGCGAACACUGAAUGCGCCAUUUCUGCUCAUGACAUGAAGGAGAAUACUUUUCAGUCAGUUGGAACUUUGCCGGCCCAGUUUAGCGAUAAUGUCCUUGUAUUUAAUACUACCGAAAGUUGUCCGGGCUCCGAGCAUAAAAUCCAAAGUGUCAUCAACUUAUUGUGCGGGAAGUCAUUGGGUACCCCUGAAUUUAUUAAAUAUGACGAAUGUGUUCAUUACUUUGAGUGGAGAACAUUCCCUGCUUGCAAGAAGAAUAAAUUUAAACCAAUUAAAGAGGUACCGUGCUAUGUUUUCGACUCUGAUUACAAAAAACAUGACUUGAAUCCACUCAUAAAGACCUCAGGUGGACACUCGGUGAACAGCUGGGAUCAUGGCUCUGAUUUGUACAUUAAUAUUUGUCGAACUAUUGGCACCUCUGUGGGAAACACCUCAAGCUGUCCCCCAAAAAGUGCUGCUUGCCUUAUAAAAGAUGGUAAGGCGUAUGAUGUCGGACAACCAAAAAGUGCUCUUGCCUCUUAUGAAAAAGACAGGCUGGUUCUUCAGUAUGAAACAGAUAACAAACCUGACUUUUGCAAUGGCCAUUCUCCAACAGUAAAAAUAACAUUUUCUUGUCCAUCUUCUGGAACUGAGGUUACUGACCCCAAACUAACAGCAAGCAGCAAUUGUCGCUAUGAGGUGGAAUGGGUUACAGAGAAUGCGUGUCACGUAGAUUACUUAGAAAGUGACAAUUGUACACUCUUCAGCAAGAAAAGAGGAAUUUUAAUUGACUUGUCUCCACUCAGAGAAAAACCAGCAAACCCUUACCAUGCACAAGAUCCAAAGGGUGAAUAUACGUAUUACCUGAAUGUGUGUGAUAAGAUUUCGGAAGGCGGAUGCUUAGUUGACAGUGUUUCAUCUUGUCAAAAGAUCAUGUCAAAUACAAUUGCUAAGUCUGCAGGUUCCUAUAAAAAUCAAACUCUCAGAUUUUCUGAUGGGGAUAUAACUUUGACAUACCCUGGGGGAGAAACAUGCGGCUCUGGUUUCCAGCGUAUGACUGUUAUUAAUUUCAUUUGUAAUGAGACUGCAGUGAAUGAUGGAAAGGGAUUGCCCGAAUUUCAGAGUGAAGCCGACUGUACCUAUUUCUUUUCUUGGCAAACCAAAUAUGCUUGUCUGAAAAAGAAACAGGACAUGUGCUAUGUCGAAUCCAAGAAGAAACAAUACAACUUGUUUAAUUUGAUGCGCACUGCAGAAUCCAGUGAUGCGCAGAACUGGGAGGCAGUAAGCCUGAAGCCGUCGGAUAAGAGUCGCUUCUAUAUCAACGUCUGUCAUGAUAUCCUACAGACGGGAGAGGCCAGUGUCUGUGAGGACGAUGCAGCCGUUUGUGCAGUGGGUCCCGGUGUCAAGAAAAACUUAGGAAAGUUUCAGACUCAACCAGAGCUUGUUAAUGGGCACAUUGUGCUUGAAUACACAGAUGGGUCACCCUGUGCAGGAAACAAACAAAUUCACACCAAAAUCAUACUUAUGUGCAGCCCAGGUAACCGCGAGAGCCCUCCUGUACUGAAGAGCGCUGAGGACUGCUACUAUGAAUUUGAGUGGAAUACCGCUGCUGCCUGUAUCGUAUCCAGAACUGAAGGCGAUGAUUGCACUGUUGCAGAUCCACAGGCUGGUUUCUACUUUGAUCUUUCACCGCUGACAAGUAAAAGUGAAAACUACAAUAUUACUACUGAUACGUACAAUUUCUAUAUAAAUGUUUGCAGCAAUGUAACCCAGCAGCCGUGUGAACCCAACUCCGGAGCGUGUCAAGUGGCUAAAGAGGGCACUGAUAAAUGGAAUCUUGGUGUGGGAAAUUCUAAGCUUUCCUACUAUGAUGGAAUGAUCCAGCUCAGCUACACUGGUGGGAGCCCCUACAACGACGAAAAGAAAACUCCUCGCUCAUCACUAAUAACUUUUCUUUGUGACAGAAGUGUUGAUAUUGGUCAGCCAGAAUAUCAGAAAGAAGACAAUUAUACGUAUAACUUCAAGUGGUACACCAAAUAUGCCUGCCCAGCUCUACCAGUGGAGUGUGUUGUGGUGGAUGAAACAACUGAUGAACAGUAUGAUCUGUCCAGUUUAUCUAAGGUACAAGGAGAACAUUCUUCAAACUGGUUUGCCAUGGAUCAAGCACAAGAGAGUCACAAGAAAUAUUAUAUUAAUGUGUGUCGUUCAUUAGUACCAGUGAAGGGAUGUGACCCGUUUGCUGCUGUGUGCCAAAUGGGUUAUACCAAAGUGUCGGGUAAGCUGCAUGAAACUGUGGCAGUCAACAACAUGGGUGUGGCAAGCAAGAAACCCAUUAUAGAAGGCAGUGGAAAAAUACUCAUAAAAUACACCAAUGGCUCUGAAUGUAUCAAUGAAGAAAAUAACAAGGUUUCAUAUUCAUCACAGUUGCAUCUUAUAUGUGAAAAGGGAGCUGUGCUUUCCAGCCCUAGAUUUAUGUCUAAUGAAAACUGUGUAGCCACCUUUCUUUGGAAUACAGAAGCCGCUUGUCCGAUCAUCAAAAGCAUACAUGGGAAGGAGGACUGUUUGAUAGAAAAUCCUAACACUGGUUUUACUUAUAACUUUGAAUCCUUGAAGAAUGAGUCUGGUUAUGAGGUAGAAGGCAAUGGCAAGACAUAUAAGCUGAAUAUCUGUGGGCCUCUCAGUGACUGUGGCAAGAUUGGUAACAGUCCAGCAGCUGGUUGUGAAAUUGAAAACCAUUCCGUAUCUAGACCAGUGACACUAAGAAAGUCGCUUGAUCUGGCUUCAGAAGGCACUAUUACUCUUACCUACAGUGGAGCAAAGGACGACCAAGGGCCCGGAGACAGCUUUACAAUUAAUUUUGAGUGCAAUGAUGAUCUGUAUCCAGGUCGUCUUUCAUUCAAGAGAGAGGAGAUUAAUUCCGAAACACAUCUUUAUCACACUUUCUUUAAUUUUGAAACAGCUAUGGCAUGUUCCCCAGCCCCAGUUGACUGCCAAGUUACAGAUUCCAAUGGUAAUGAAUAUGAUCUAAGUGACCUUAGUCGGGAAGAUGAACCCUGGAUUGCCGUUGACACCUCUGACCAAGCUACAAAAAGAAAAUUUUUUCUCAAUAUCUGCAAACCUCUUCCAUAUACUCGUGGAUGCUCAGGAGGAGCAGUUGGGUCUUGCAUGCAGACUUCAGACCAUAAAAACCUAAAUCUUGGCUACAUCCAGAUGAGUCCCCAAGUGUCUGAUGAUGGAUCCCUUACCAUAGUUUAUAUGAGUGGGGACAAAUGUUCGGAUAAGAAGCAUUACUCUACAAGGAUUAUCUUUCAUUGUGAUCACAAUGUAGGGUCUCCUGUAUUCCAAGAGCAAGAUGACUGUGAAUAUGUCUUCUUAUGGAGAACGUCUGAGGCUUGUCCUGUUGCUAGAGCAGAAGGUGACAACUGCCAAGUUAAAGACCCAAAGUAUGACUAUGUGUAUAACCUUCAGCCACUCGGAGAAAAAGUUAUAGAGGUGGCGGAUGGGGAAUAUAAUUACAAGCUCAAAGUGUGUGGUGGACUUAAAGAUUCUGCAUGUUCAGCCAAUGCACCAGCCGGAUCAAUUGUGUCAUCCUGUCAAGUGAAGGGCUCAAAUGCAAUAUUUGCAGGUUUAACCAAUCAAAAGCUGAUAUAUGAAGAUGGAAUUAUAAAGAUAAAUUACACCGGAGGAGCACUCUGCCACAAAAAAUAUCAGCGUUCAACUCUUAUAAUAUUUCAGUGUGACAAGACUGAGGAAAAGCCUGUGUUUCUGAAAGAGACUCCAGACUGCAUUUACAAGUUUGAGUGGCGCACACCUCUAGCCUGUCUACCUUUCAAACCCAUUGACUGCUCCUUCAAGGACACACUUGGAAGUUCUUAUGAUCUGUCACAGCUGUCACUUUACAAUAAAAACUGGGAAGUAGAUUCUCCAACUGAUCCAAACAUGAAAUUUCGCAUAAAUGUAUGCAGACCUCUCGUGCCAGAAACUGGGCCAGCUUCAUGUCCCCAUGGCUCUGCUGUCUGUUUAUUAAAAGACAACAAGGCUGUAAAUCUGGGUGAACUUGUAUCCAGCCCAAGAUGGGACAACGGAGUGUCUGUGCUUGAAUAUAAAAAUGGAGACCGUUGCCUUGACGGUAUAAGAAAUAGGACGACUACAAUAAGAUUCAUGUGUGACUUGAACAAAGUGGUAUCAGGACCUGAGUUAAUCACGAAGUUACAGGACUGUGACUAUAAUUUCUUGUGGGUCACAGCAUAUGCAUGCCCAUUGACAAUAAGCACACAUGAUAAGUGCAAAGUCAGGAACUCUGCUACAGGCUAUCAGUUUGACCUGUCUUCAUUGUCAAGCAAGGAUGGUUAUCUUAUAAAGGAUCGUGAUAGAUCAAUUCGUUUAAAUAUUUGCAGUGAUGUUAACAGUCCAUGUGGCUCCGGAGUUGGUGUGUGUGUAUCAGAAGGUGUCAAAACCACAAAUGCUGGGAAAUCACAUAGCCGAAUCACUUAUGUGGACCAGAUGCUGAAACUAGUUUAUGAAGAAGGUGACCAGUGUGACAAGAACCCCUUGAUGAAACACCGUAGUGUCUUUACUUUUGUAUGUGGAGCAGAUAGAGCUGGCGGCAGUCUCCCUUCCCUGAUAUCCUAUACAGAAGACACCUGUACCUGGCAGUUCUCCUGGCAAACACCCUUAGUCUGUGAAGAGAAGAUUGAAUGCUCUGUGAAAAAUGGCACAUCCCUUAUUGAUCUGAGCCCUCUCAUCAAGCGUGGUGAUUAUUAUGAGGUCCUGCAAAGCCAGGAUAGAGAUGACUCCAAUUUCUACAUCAAUAUUUGCCAGCCAUUAAACAAUAUAGAAGAUCUGAAAUGUCCACUCGGGGCAUCAGCAUGCAGAGUGACCUCUGGUGGAAAACCGAUUGACAUUGGCCGCCAGUCGGGACCUCCACAGAUUGAUCAAACUACACAAACUGUUUCCAUCAGAAUGGAGAGCCGGACGCCAUGUGAAUCUACAGAGAAGGGGCAGGGAAAUUAUUCUACUACUAUUAUCUUUCAUUGCAAUGCAGGCACAGAUCUAGGAAGACCAAAGUUUCUCCAGCUUUUUGAAUGUAACUAUCUUUUCGAAUGGGACACCCCAUUAGUGUGCCCAGAUGUGGAGAGCGUCUCAGGAUGUGCAUUGACAGAUCAGAAACUACAAUACACCUUUAAUUUCUCUAGCCUCUCUAAAGAGACCUACAAAGUGUCUGAAAAAACAAACACCUAUUACAUUGGAGUGUGCUCUCCAGCACAAAGUAUGCCAUCUGGUAACUGUAAUGGGGCUGUGUGUCUUCAGUCUGGAAACACAGCCAUCUCUUUUGGAAACAUUAAUGCAAUGAAAAUGGAGUAUCAUCACCAACAGGAUAUGGUAGAACUUACGUAUGUUGGAGGAGACCUUUGCUCACCAUCAACCGAAAACAGACAGUCCACCAUCUUGUUUAAAUGUGACGAAAGUGCUGGAAAGGGAUUUCCUGUCCUAAUCAGUGAGCCCAAAGGAUGUUCAGCUAUGUUUGAAUGGAAAACGCAGCUAGCCUGUCUUCCAAAACAGACCUGCAAAAUUAUAUUUAACCAUCAGACCUAUGACCUUAGAAGCCUUUCCUCCAUGACCGGAAACUGGGAUUUUACACAAAAUGGUGAUAGGUAUUAUCUUAACCUUUGCCAGAGGGUAAACCAAGGGCCUAGUGGCUGCUCAGAAACUGCAAGUGUGUGUCAAGAAAGUAAUGGAAAGGUCCAGGUUUUGGGGCGAGUUCAUUCGCAGGAAGUGACAUUACAAGCAGACAAAACCAUUUCCGUGACCUAUUCAAAUGGAGACCUGUGUGGAAAAGAGCAAAGAUUCUCUACUACCAUAAAUCUGAUAUGUAAGAAUAUAACUGGCAAACCUGUGUUACAAAAGUACGAUACACAGUCUUGUCACUACUACAUUCAGUGGGAGACACGAGCAGCAUGUGCGGUUGUUCCAAAAGAAGUUACAAUGACAAAUGGAAUAAUCCAUUUAGAAAAUGGUGUAAAUAUCAAUUUAACCAGGAUCUACAUCAAGUCUUAUACAGCUAGUGGUGAUAUAAGGACCAAAGAUAAAUACAUAUAUGAAAUUCAGCUUUCUGGAAAUGAGAACUCAACCUAUCCGAAAUGUAACAAAGCCAGCAUAUGUCAAGUAAAGACUACUGAGGACUUUACUCGGGCUGUCGGCUCUGCCGGAAAUGCAAAGUAUUACCUUGAUGAUGAUGACUUGGAUGUUGUUUUCACCUCAAGCUCAAAGUGUGGUAAAGACAAGACAAAAAACGCCACCUCUUCUAUAUUGUUACGUUGCAGCCCAUCCCAUGGGGAAGGACAACCAGAAUUCCUACAUGAAACCGCUGACUGUCAGUAUCUGUUCGCCUGGUACACCUCUGCUGUUUGCCCACUAGUUCCAGAAGAAAUCGGUGACAAAUCUGAUAAUGAGAAUCAAUUUCAAGGCCUAUCUGGUAGGAGCCAAGCUGUGGGUGCCGUUCUCAGCAUUCUUCUGGUGAUUCUGGUGGCAUGUCUAGUUGUGCUGUUGUUGUACAAGAAAGAAAGAAGGGAAAUGGUUAUGUAUAAGCUAACCAACUGCUGCCGGAGAAGUUCCAGCGUGUCCUACAAAUAUACAAAGAUCAAUACAGAAGAAGAAGCCGACAAUGAAACAGAGUGGCUCAUGGAAGAAGUAUCUGCUAACCAUGGAAAGCCGCAUCAUGAGAAUGGUCACAUUAGGAGUGUUAAAGCCGGAGCCUUCACGUCACUGCAUGUUGAUGAUCUUGACAGUGAAGACGAGGUCUUGACUGUUCCUGAAGUCAGAAUACAGUCUACAAGAAACAAACAGAAAAUUUCACACCAACCUUUAGGCCAAUAUGUAUCUGGUACUGAUGAGAACUUGAUAGGGAUAGCCAAUGGAGAAAAAGGACAGACUGGAAAAUCCAGAUCUCGUAAAAAGGAGGACAAGCCUACUAUAGCUUCCUUUCAUGAUGACAGUGAUGAGGACCUGCUCCAUGUCUAAUGCAUCUCUGCAUUCUUAACCCCUACUCCUAAUUGUGCCUAAAAAGAAAUAUUUCAACGGACAAAGCUACCGCAGCCAAAUAUGCGCAACUUUUUUGUUCACCUUUUUAUAGGUUGGAAUAAAAUCAGUACAUGGGAAGGCAGGGAAUUUUCUUUCACUCGGUUUACAGCAGUUGUAAAAUUAUAUGGAAGUCUGCACUGGUACUUUGAGGAAACUUCAUGUGCAGUAUAUGUGGUUUUAAGAAUCCCUGCACAAGAUGGUAAAUUAAAUAAUUGGAACUUCCUUUCUUAGUAUGGGAGCUGGCAUCUUCUUGUAUGUAAAUCGCUCUUCGCAAUCAGAUAGUCAGAAGGUACAAGCUAUUUCCAUUCAUAUUGGAUCCUCUGUCUCUGGCAACACAAACCAAGUCUGACUACUUAUUUAUUCACUUGAACUACAACUCAGGUUGACUGAAUAAAGCAUUAUACUAUUCCUGCCGGCAGGGUGCUAAUCCAUGAAGGGACAUAUCGAGAAAUGCGCUCCUAUUCGGUAAUUAUUUACAGGUACCAUUGUGUUGAUUCCAGACUAUGAUUUCAGGUGUUAAUAUCCUAUUUUUAGGGUUAAGUAGAAAAUUCUGAAGAAGUAUUUCUUAUAAGUAUAUGUACGUUUCUGCUGCUGUCCUGUGCACGGUGUCCAAGGAAAAACAAAGGUAUUACAUUGUGGUUGUUUGAAACAAUCCUAAAAUGUGAAGCAGAAAUAAGGUCUGUACUUGGCAUAAGAUGAGUUGUAUUGAUUGACGUUCGCUUAGGAUAUUUUUUUCUCUUGUUAAUGUAUUCAUAUUUAUAAACUGAUGUCUUACAGAAGCCUUAAAAGUUAUGUACACCUUCGGGGGCAAUUUAUUUUAUAAUUGCAUUUUACUCAUUUUGGGCUAAAAAAAUAUAAAUCUGUUUAUCUUUAAUACGCAUAUUUAGCCAUUCACACUUCAGUUAUUUGGUCAGUUAGUUCCAGUAAUGAUUGUGAGCCAUAACCAGGUGCAGGUCAAAAACACAGAACAGGUGCAAAACUUUCCAUUAUACCUCAUCGCUGUGUAGGCUUCACUACUGGUUUUGGCUCACAAUCACUGAUGAAAAUACUGUAAGUGAUCAAAUAACUGAAGUGUGAACUCAGCCUAAAAGGUCAUAAACACUUAGUUAAAUACCAUUCUGAUCAGUAAGAUAAGGAGUGAGCUAUAAUGAGUGUUUUAUAAGGUCAGGGAUCAGAGGUAAGGAGCCGUUAGCAGAGCUGGCUGUCGGAACAGAGAGAAAAUUCGGAUCCUGCUACUAGAGCAUCUUAGCCAGGUACAGAGAAAAGGGCUCAAAAUGUAUAAUAAAGAGCAAUUUAAAAAAUAAUUUUAGCUCAAAAUGAGUACAAUGCAAUGAUU